ACUAAGUUUGGAGCUAUGAUGGACAUGCUGACAGACCGCUGUGCCACCAUGUGUCUGCUGGUCAACCUGUCCCUCCUCUAUCCCUCCUACACCUUCCUGUUCCAGAUCAGCAUGUGUGUGGACAUCGCCAGCCACUGGCUGCACCUGCACAGCUCAACGAUAAAGGGAUCAGCCAGUCACAAGACUAUCGACCUCUCCGGCAACCCCGUUCUCCGAAUCUACUACACAUCCAAGCCGGUGCUGUUUGUUAUGUGCGCUGGGAACGAGCUCUUCUUCUGUCUGCUCUACCUUCUCUAUCACAUCCAGGAACCUGCAGCCUGGCUCUACUGGCUGCAGGGACUGUGCGGCAUCAUCUGCCUGCUGAAGACCGGCAUCAGCCUGGUGCACCUCGUCACCGCCUCCCAGAACAUGGCCGCCCUCGACGUCGCCGAGCGAGAGGCAAACAGGAAGACGCAGUGAGAGAAAGAAAGAGGAGUGAGUGAGAGCUUAAGCAACAAAUCCACAAGGUUUUUUUUA